UUUCUCUGUUUAUGAGAGACACACACAGGUCGCUCGCUAACUUUACAUCGUAGCGAGUAAUUAUUUCGCUAAAUACCUACAACUUCUCAUUCCCUCCGUGACACGGUUAUUGUCUCGUCAGCCAUGAAUGCAGAGAUAGUUUCCUCACUUCUAACUCAAGAGGUGCCAGCAGGCACUACUGAGACCCCGUAUGCUGCAGCAGUUCCGGUGGAUCACCUGGACUAUGGCUACAUUGAGAAAUGCACUGACGUGAAAUACCUGGGGAAGAUUCUGAGGGUGCUAAGAUCUGGAGAUGAGGGUAUCUAUCCCCAUCUGAUAGAGUUCUGUGAGAGUCGUCUGGAGAGGUUGGACCCAAGAAGCCGUGCCCUCAGAAAGGACAACCCCCCAGCCACCGCUGCCUGCCUCUCUGGAGAUGAAUGGAGCCAGAUCACUGACGAACUCAAGAAGUGGGAGAGAGAUGCCAAAAUGAGUGAAACUGAGCUGAAACAACAAUCUUUAUUUCAUGAUCUUGAAAAUGAUAAUGUUCCCCCAGUACGUGGCUCAAGUUGCUCUAUUACUCUCAAGCAGAAUGCCGUUUCAAAUGGACAGAAGAAAACUUCACAGAAGAAGGUUCUUCCUCGUAAUUAUAUAGAAUGGGACCAGUAUGACGUCGACAGGGAGUGUGAUAAAAUUGAUGGAAAUGUAACAAAAAAGGAUCCCCCCGCAAUUAUAAACUCUAGAUAUCUGAAAAUCAGGAGCAAAAUGAAUACAACAGCGCUGACUGAGCAGGAGAAAGUCCUCGUUGCCAACCGUGAGAAGGUUAAAGGCAACGAGGCUUUCAAGGCCAACGACUAUGAAGAAGCAGUGGUGUAUUAUUCAAGGAGUCUGUCAGUGGUACCAACCGUAGCAGGUUACAACAACAGAGCCCAGUCAGAGAUCAACCUGCAGCACUGGCACAAUGCCCUCAACGACUGUCAGAAGGCACUGGAGAUGGAGCCAGGCAAUAUGAAAGCUCUGCUCCGCAGGGCCACAGUGCUGAAACAGCAGGGGAACUAUCAGAUGGCUGCUGAAGACCUGAGGAGCGUACUGCAGGCUGAACCACAGAACAUCACUGCUACUAAACUUCUGGUUGAGGUGGAUAAGAAACUAAACCAGUGUCAACCGGAGAAGGAACGUAAAAGCAAGAAGAUCGUCAUUCAGGAAGUGGAGAAUGAGCAAGGGGAAGACCAGAGAGCUUGUCCGGUUGAGCCCAGCGAGGCUGUGGGAGGGGAGAGUGCUGCUGCUGCUCCUGCCGAGAGAGGAGACAUGGGGAAUGCUCAGAAGAAGCCCCACGGCAGAGGUGGGGAAGGGGUCCCCAGCCCGCACACAGACCACAAUUCACACGGAGCCCACUGGAGAAACCGGGGAGGCAAUGCAGAGAAGUACAAGGUGAACCAGCAGGAUUCGGCGUCGGACAAGGGUCUGUGGAACGGAGCUCAGGGCUCUGGCAGGAGUGACUCUAAGGAAGCCAGGCCGGCUGGGGAAGACGGAAGCAACCUUGACGCCCCUUGUGGGGCCCUGCCCCCACCGCUGGCCCGGCUCAAGAAUGAGGGAAACCUGUUCUUUAAGAAUGGACAGUUUGCUGAUGCACUGGACAAAUACUCACAGGCCAUCACCGGCUUCACAGACUCAGGGAUGGACAGUCCUGAGGACCUGUGUGUUCUCUACUCUAACAGAGCUGCCUGCUACCUGAAAGAUGGAAACAGCUCUGAAUGUAUACAGGACUGCACCAGGUCCUUGGAGCUGCAGCCGUUCUCCCUCAAGCCCCUCCUACGCAGAGCCAUGGCUUAUGAGACUAUGGAGCGUUACCGACAAGCCUAUGUGGAUUACAAAACCGUGCUACAGAUAGAUAUCAGUGUGCAGGCUGCACACGACAGUGUCAACAGAAUCACGCGGUUGCUGAUAGAGCAGGAUGGAGAGCAGUGGAGAGAGAAACUACCUGAGAUCCCUCUGGUCCCACUAUCAGCUCAGCAGCACCGCAGGGAGGAACCGCCCAGCGCUGAGGUCCUACAGGCCAGAGCAGAGAAGGCCAAGCACCACGCAGCUAGAAAAGCAGAAGUUUGUUUCAAUUCACUGAAACAAGAAGGAAAUGAGUUUGUGAAGAAAGGCCAGUUCCAGGAGGCUGUAAGGACGUACAGUGAAUGCCUGAAGCUGAAGCCAGAGGAAUGUCCCAUCUACACCAACAGAGCACUGUGCUUCCUGAAGCUGGAUAUGUUUGCUGAAGCCAAGCAGGACUGUGACUCCGCCCUGAGGCUGGAGCCAGCCAAUAAGAAGGCCUUCUACAGGCGGGCCCUGGCCCAUAAAGGCCUGAAGGACUACCUGGCGUGCAGCUCUGACCUGCAGGAGGUGUUACAGCAGGAUCCCAACGUAGCGGAGGCUGAGAAGGAGCUGGAGGAGGUCACUCUGCUGCUCAGACAGAGUCUGGCUCAGGGAUCACCUAGCAACCCCAGGAGGACUGUACCUAUCACUGAGGUUGAGGGUACUGAGGAGGAAGACUGGCAGGCUGCAGAGCCAGACAGGACCAAAGCAGCAGAAACAGAGACAGAAGAACCAUCAACAACAUCCACAUCAACCCCAGCCCCACCAGAGAACCAGUGUAGAGGAGGAGGAGGAGGAAGAGGGGAGGAGGAGGCAAUAACCAUCAACCUCCAGCCCUCUAACUCCUAUGAGUUCAACCAGUCCCUGAACGCAGCGCGGGCCCAGUCCAACCUCCCAGCCUGUGCUGAGCUGCUGAGCUGUGUUCCCCCUGAGACUCUGCCUGUCUACCUCAGUAACCAGCUGGAUGGACACACAGUCAGCUUCAUCAUGCAGGCCCUGGACACACAGCUCCUACAGAAGGACCCCAACUUAGUCUACCAGCACCUCACCCACCUACAUACUGCUGACAGGUUCUCGGUAGUUGUGAUGCUGCUAGAGAAGAGUGAACGUGGUCAGAUGACUCGGCUGUUUGACCGUCUGUCUGCUGUGGACAGCGAUACCUUCAGUAAGAACGAUGUGCAGAACCUGGCCAACAAGUACAUCUGACCUCUAACCUCUGACCCUGUCUGGCCUGCUGGGGUCUGUCCCAAAUGGCACCCUAUUCCCUAGUGCACUAUAGAGGGAACAGGGUGCCAUUUGGGACAGUUUUUAGGGCGUGUUCAACAUUGCUGUCGACUUGAAAUACGAGUCGAGACUGCAAAUCACCUUGCAUCAUAAAUAAAUACUCAAUAUUAUUUGUAGGUCAAUCAGUCACAAUUUACCCAUGACACAACAUGGUUUUUAUGUUCUGGAACACGGCCCUUUUCUCUGUCCUGCACCCUCCUGUCCUGCAUGACGCUUCAACAUAACAUACUGGAUCUAUGCAACGUGGCACAACACAGCUCAGAAGCAUUAUGGACCCAAACCAACCUCUCAUGUUCUCUUGAUAUAAUAUCAUAUCUCUACCUACCGUUACUAGGUAUUUCGCUCUCCAAAUACCUUUUUUUACCUGGAACUGUUUUAGUGUUAGUUGACUGGCAGUAUAUAUAAAAAUGCUGUGAACUAUUCAAGCUUUAAGAACAUAGGUCCAAUGUACAGGAUAUCUGCAAGCGUUCCCCUCUGGGUCCAUGUGCUGCAGCCAAGUCCAGUCCCCAGGCUGCAGAACCAUUCAAAUCAGAUAACACCCAUAUCAAUGUGUGACUACUUUCCAGGCUACUUGACUGGCCAAUAGAGGUUGAAUUGUACCGGCCAGAAAUAAACGGGAAGGACAUCAAUUCUAGCUAGAAGGCAUGAUGACUUGACUCGGCUAGCGUCGGCCCAGGGGCUAUUCAGAAAACACUACAGCUUAUCAUCCUGAAAUUAAACUAGAUUCAUGCAUGCUGCAUAUCAGAAUAUUAACCACGCAUAAAACAAUCCAUAAGCACUAUUACCACUGGGGUUCAGGGAGUAUUAACCAUCCAUUCUCUGUCUAGAAAUAAAAUGCUAUUUUGGCA